AUGAACGGAAGUGAUUGCGACGAAAAUAACGCAUGUGUCCUGAUGCCGCUGAAAAAGAAACGCUGUCCGCGGGAACCGGAAGAAGACGGCUGUCCACCGGCCCACGCUGCUCGGUUCGAGGAUUCGGUCGAGUGGAAGUGGACGAAAUGUACAAGUGAAGGCCUAUUCCGGACACUGGGCCGGUACUACGAUGAGACGUGGUUUCCAACCGCGGUCAACGAGUGGUGUCAGCUGUAUUACCGGUGCAACCACGCAGCCGACUACUGGUGUCACCGAGACGAGUGGCUGGCCGGUGACGAGGAGAUCCGGCUGGCUGUGUGGGCUGAGGUACUUAGACACCGAGACCAACACGACGCAGACCGUUCCGAACAGUGCGACACCGACCUGAUGUACGUCGACGACCGAGUGGACGCCGCCAAGAUAAUGGAAAUACACGGGGCCCUGAACGAGGCCAACGAUCGGAUCGACUUAAAGCGUAAGGACGUGCAAUCCCCCUGUGUUGAGAAACCGAACGCCGCAGAAAGGAAACGGGCGGAAGUCGAAGCGGCCGAGAUAGCACUGGCCGACCCGGACGAGGAACCGGACUGGGUGGAAAUGCGGCGCAAGAUGCGCGGCUCGUUUGCGGCAUUAAAUCUGGCCCGGUGCGAUGUCAGCGCCGAACUCCUGGACCACAUCAUGAUUGAGCUGUGUAAGUAUUGGGCAAACGCGCCGGAACUAGAGCACGAGAUCGAUCCGCUGCUGGAACGGAACAUCAUGCGUGAGGUACAAAAUUUCCGAUACAAACUCUUCAAUGUGGCCGUCGAGAUCGAACCAGAGCUUGAAGAAUCGUGCCCGGAAGCGGAGGAACCGGAACCGUGCUGCAUACGACCACGGUCGUCAUCCCUGCCACCGCCACCGCCACCACCGUCACCCGUCUGCAAGAAACCGAAACCUAGAACGGCGAGCUGCCGCAUUCGCAGACCGGCCACCAACAAGUUGGCUGAGGCCAGGGCUCGGCAAAACCGUGAAAAUGCGGCCAUGGGUCAAUGUCGUAGGUAA